AUGGGUAACUGCUUGGUGAGAAGUAGUAACAGAGUUUUAGCAGAAGAUGAUGAUGAUGUUCUACAUUUGCACCCACAUAGAAAAGAAGAAGAAAAAGCUCAUGAUGUGAAGGUGAAGGAAGCAGCUAAAAGGAGGAAAAAGACGGUGAGUUUCAGAUUACAUGAAGAAGAAGAAGAAGAAGAUGAAGAUGAGAUUCAUGAGAAUGGUGGUGGUGUUAAAGAAAAUCCUAAUAAUAAUGAUAAUGGUAAAGGGGAUCCAAAAAGUGGGGUUGUGAGGAUUAAAGUGGUUUUAACUCGGCAAGAGUUGAAACAAUUAGUAAUGGGUUCUGAGAUGCCCAAGGAUAAUAAUAAUAAUUCACAGCCACACAUCUCUUGUGUGGAAGAAUUGUUGAAUGUAAUAAAGUCCAGAGGAAGGAUGGUUUCUGAAAUAAAAGAAGGUCGUCCAGGAAUAAAGAAUGAUGGAAGUUGGAGGCCAUCAUUGGAAAGCAUUGCUGAGGAAUCAUAUUAG